AUGACAGCAUCGACUACUUUUAGCCCCAGCACGCAGUGCCAGAAAAAACGCAAGUCUAUGACUGGAACAAAGCACGCCGGCUACGACGACCUGGACGACUUCCCGCUUCCAACAAGCAGUGAAAAAGCUGUGGUACCUCUACAAAAGCUAUUGCAACCAAUUUUCAAUUGCCACCAUUGCUGA